AUGGCAGUUCGAAUGGAUGCUUUUCAUUCUUAUUUCCGUGAAGAAUUCUCUUAUAUAUACAUUAAUGCAGACGGUAGAUUCCACACUCAAGGUCUUUCUUUAUCUUCUUUCCUACGUAAAGCUCAAGGAUUAUCACAUCAUCUCGAUAUGCAUCACAAGAUUGAAGAAAUACAUAUCUUUCCUAUUUUAGCAAAGAAAAUGCCACAGUUCAAAGUUGGUGUUAGUGAGAGUGGUGAACAUUUGAAAUCUCAUAAAUUGAUACAUGAAGGUUUAGAAAAUUACGAUUCAUUCUUAUCUACUUCAUUACGAAAUCCAUCAUCAUACAACCCAACUGCUCUUAGAGCCAUAAUGGAUAGUUUCAAAGAUGUUUUAUUCAAACAUUUAGAUGAAGAGGUGAAAGAUUUAAGAGGAGAAAGUAUGAGAGCUGCAGGAUGGACUUUGGAAGAAUUUAGAAGGAUAGUUAUUUAA